CCCCCCCCCCCCCGGCCUCUGAGGGCCACCGCCCCCCAUUGAUAGAAGUCACCUGCUCCGGCACUGGCCCUUAACCCUCAGGGCAGCUGCAGAGUGGAGCAUGGAUCCCUCCUGAUUCCAUUCUUGGCCCAAUGUUCCUCACAGUCAAGCUGCUUCUGGGCCAGCGAUGCAGCCUAAAGGUGUCAGGGCAAGAGAGUGUGGCCAUGCUGAAGAAGCUGGUGUCGGAGCGACUGCAGGUGCCCGAGGAGCAGCAGCACCUCCUCUUCCGAGGCCAGCUUCUGGCCGAUGACAAGCGUCUCUCCGACUACCGCAUCGGGCCCAACGCCUCCAUCAAUGUCAUCAUGCGGCCCUUGGCAAAGUCCGCUCCCGGGGAGGCCCACCAGCCCCAGCCCCUGUGGCACCAUCUGGGCCUGGUCUUAGCCAAACACUUUGAGCCCCAGGACACCAAGGCGGUGCUGCGGCUGCUGAAGCGGGAGCACCAGGAGCGCCUGCAGAGGAUAAGCCUGGGUGACCUGGAGCGGCUGGCGCAGUGCCUCCUGGUAGAGGAGCCGGUAGUGGAGCCCCCGGGGGAGAAGGAGCCUGAGGCCGAGACCUGGGCUCCCCAAGACAAGGAGGAGGAGGAGGAAGCAGAGGAAGAGGAGGAGGGGAAGGCUGAUCAGUAAACUGGCCCCUCCUACUCAUUUGCAUGUUCAAAUCCACCUGGUCUCAUCCUUCUGUGUUCCUUGGUGACUCCCCACUAGUUCCUGCUGAGGGAGAUGCGUCCGCACCCCUUUCUGAAACUUCAGAGCAGCUGGACCCCUCUGUCCUCUCUUGGGUCUGUGGUACCCGCUCUGAGACACAGUAUGAUUCCACCCCCAUUACUAUCCCUGACAGGGUUCUGAUCACCCCAUGGGUGGCCCUAAAGGGGUGGUCAAAGGCCGCCUCCCCCUCCUGGGCUGGACACCCCCUAGGCAACCUGCCAGGCUGCAGAAAACCUCCUGCCCAGAGUCUCCAUGGCUUCUCCUUUGGCGCAGAAAGACAGAUAACGUGAGUUCAUCUUUGUGUGUCCCCAGGCCAUGGCACCUGCCCUCAGGGUGUCUGACAGCCAAGAGAUGAGGAAUGUCACCCCUUGUCCUCUGAGUGAGGCGAUCCUGCUGUCGCUUGUGCUUCCACAGCUCAAGGGGCAGGGCUAGCAGAGGCGGGGAGACGGGGGGAGCACCUACUGGGUGGCAGGCUGUCAGGCCUGGAUGCUUCAGGAGAUACACAGACCAAGAACAGCAGGAAACUGAGGCUUGGGCAGAAAAGGUGGUUUGCACAGUCACUCACUGUGGUCAGCGUGACAGACCCCUGCCUCACCCCCUGCCCCAAGUCUCACCCAACAGUGCGUGUCCCUGAGCCCCCCUUACCUGCCCAGCACUCCCUGGGGAGCAAGAAUGGUACCAGUCGACAUCCUUGCCCCCACAGAGCAUGCAGCCUGGACAGAGAGGGCAGAAAUGUGACAAAUAAAGCCACGACAUGACCA